AUGGUGCUUUCUCGAUUUUGGUUAUUAACAUUUAUUUUACAUUUAACUCAAUCAUUAUUGCUACUUAAACGUGGUUUACGUGAUCGUGAAAUUAUUGAUAAUGAAAGGAAUAAUUGUACGUUACAAUUCACUUGCAAACAACAACAUGAUAAUUAUUAUGAAUAUUUGAGUGCAUGUCGUAAAAAGGAUAGCAAUAUAUUAUAUACAAAUAAUGGUACAAAAUGUGACAAAGGUAUUCAGGUUGCAUUAGCACGAUUCCGGAAUGCUGUCAAUGAGACAGGCUGGGGUAUUUUAGAAGUGGAAACAUUUAAUGGUAUUGAUGAAAUAACUCAAGCAUUUGCUGCUGGACUUCUUGAAGGUAUUUUAACACGACAAUUGAUAACAUAUCAUUAUCGUAAUACAUUGGAAAGAAUGUGUAAUGGUAAAGAAGAAUAUUGCAACAAACUUUUUGCUUAUUUAUCCAAAAAUUUGAAUUGGAUUAAGCAUACAGUGAAAAAGAAAACAGAAAUAGACAUUUACUGGAAACAGGUGAAUUUAACAUUUGCCCAGCUAACAGGAAUAAAUCAUGGAUAUUUAAAAAAAACAUCUACCAUUUAUAAGCCAAUAAUUUCAUUUGAACUAACAUCAAUUUAUAUGAUACAGCUUGCUGGUGAUUUUAUUGAUUUGAGAAAAAUAUUUGGCAAAAAUAAAUCUGAUGCAAGUCAUUGUUCGGGUUUGAUAAAAUUAGCACCGGAUAAUGCUGACUUAUUUAUUGCUCAUGUUACCAUGUCCGGUUAUGAAAUGAUGAAUCGAAUUCUUAAAUUUUACAAAUUUGCAUUUGAGAAAGAAAAAAUACCUGGUUAUGCUACAUCUUUUUCAUCAUAUCCUGGUUCGCUAACUUCAUUAGAUGAUUUUAUUCUUGCAACCUCUGGAUUGGCAAUAAUUGAGACGACAAUUAAUAUAUUCAAUCGAUCAUUGUAUAAUGCUAUCAAACCUAAUGGACAGUUACAUUGUUGGAUUCGUAGUAUUAUUGCUACAAAACUUGCAAAUACCGCAAAACAAUGGAUGCAAAUAUUUGCACGAUAUAACUCAGGCACUUACAAUAAUCAAUGGAGUAUAGUUGAUUAUAAAUUAUUCAAACCAAACGAAGAAAUUCCAACAAAUAAUCUUUUAUGGGUUUUAGAGCAAGCACCUGGACUAGUGAUUGCUCAUGAUAUGACAUGGUUUCUAAAGAAUUACACAUAUUGGCCAAGUUAUAAUAUUCCAUAUUUUAAUACAAUCAGUGAAAUAAGUGGUUUCAAGCAAAAAGGACAAUUAUUUGAUUGGUAUAAAUGGGAAAGCUCACCACGUGCUAAAAUUUUUAAUCGUGAUCAUCAUAAAGUUAUCAAUUUGAAUAGUUUGCAAAAAUUAAUGAGAUACAAUGAUUAUAAGCGUGAAAAAUUUAGCAAAUGUAAAUGUAUUCCACCAUAUUCAGCACAAGCAAGCAUAUCAACACGUGGUGAUUUAAAUCCUUCGAAUGGUACAUAUGAAAUUAGUGAAAUGGGCCAUCGAAAUUCAGGCAGUAUUGAUUAUAAGGGAACAAACUAUCAAUUAUUCAAGAAUCUUCGAUUUAAAGCCUGGAGUGGACCAACUUAUGAUCCACUUCCUGUCUUCAGCUGGGCUACAACAGAUAUACAAGUAAACCAUUAUGGUCAACCAACGAUAUGGCAAUUCAAGGAAAUAGAAACAGAAUGGGAAACUGUCUUAUCGUAA